GUUCCACUGAGAGCUUAUAUUCGUCUGGAGUCACUACCCUCUCAAGUCUGCUAAUGGAAGACCUCAAGUAAACACUCCUUACUCCUCUUUCAACAUAGCUUAGCUUAAAAUGCAGAAUACACUGGUCAUGAGUUAACCUUAUUGACUUUGCUUUAAGCCAAUUAAGGAGGACUUUGCAGCUCUACUAACAGGAGGAAUCGUAGGGGAAGUAUGCUCUGACAAGGCAUAGCUAGAAGCCUUUAGGCACCAGCUCCAACUAGGCACUAGGCUCUCUAACUAACAUGGCUGUUGUCAAGAAAGAAAAAAGUCAGCUGGCCUUCUGAACUGCUAUUUACAUAGAACUAAUUAAUAGUCCUUAAUUUGCUGAAGUGUCAUUUGAUUAUGCUAAAACAUAAAUUGUUCAACUAAGCGUGCUUCCAAGGAAGUUCAAAUUGUUUUUCAUGAUUGACUCUCCCUGUCAUUGUUGUUCUAUUAUGUUUUUGUCAUCUGUGAAAUCUAUCAAAAAUUCUGUUUUCUUUCAGAUCCCUUCAUUGCUUAAGAAGCUAUAGAAAUGAACAAGGUUGAAAAGAGAGUGAUCGCUUUGCAGCUUGACUAGAAAUACCUUUGAAAUUUAACAAUUUGUCAUGUGUGGGCUGCUCUGAUUUUUCUUCUUUCCCUUUGUAAUUCUAAUUUAUCAAAAUGAUAAGCAAGCCAGAGCCAGUCAUCUUACAGAAGUCCUCUGUAUCACCGCAGCUACUUCUGUCAGCCCAAGUAGUGACCCUAUUUAAAGAAGGCGUGGGUGGUAGAAACAGCCUAUUUGAUAUAAAAGCAACUCCAGUGAUGCUAAUUAUAUAACUGCAGCUAUUUUCUUAUAUGUUAAUGACUACAGAGACCUCACUGGUCACUUGUUUCUUAAUACUCCUGAAUAACUGGUUAUAACUUCCAUUCUCUCUCGUUGUUUCAUUUUCUUAAAUAAUGCUUCUUUUCUAGCAGGCAUAUUUCAGUUUUGGAAUGCAGACGGUCUUAGAACACGGACAUUCUAAUGUCUACUGAUAAUUCUAGGCAUGUAUGUUUAGUUAGCUUAUUAUGUUCCACAAAAUCUACCUUAAUACAUCUUCAGUUUGCUUUAAAAUGCAGCCUCAUCAACAAUUAUACCUUAACUUAGCCUUGAAAAUAGGUGUGGAAAGGGUAUGGCAUUCUGCUCUUAUUAUUCCACUGUAUACUAGUUUCAGUAUCGUUUUUCACAGUAUGCAAGUGUCUUCUAGGAGCAUGUUAAAAAGGAUAAUAUGUAUAUUUUCUCUCUGCUUUUAAGAAAAGAAUGACUUGUGUGUGCAGUAUAGUGGAUGGUUGUUAAAGGUAGCAAAGUAAGGAAAGGGGAACCUUGUAUGCCAGUGGAAGAUGAUAAAGCUUUUAAUGACCUUCAAUUUUUUACAGUCUUGAGAAAUACAGGUGGGAGAGAACAUCAAAGUUUUUACUCCAUUUCUCCUUCUUGUCCCUCUGUUUCCUGACAGGAUCAGCUUGAUCUGUACUGCUUCUGGCAGGUAUUGCUGGGAGGGUUCAUUGCACACUUUUCAAACAGACCUGUAAAAGCUCUCUCCUGGAAGGAUUAAGUUUACUUUUGUGGUAAAAAAAAUUUCAGUAUUCAGUUGGGAGUUAAGUUACUGGUUUUAGUCUUCAUCACGAUGCUUUUUGAUUUUCUGGCCCAGACCACUGAAAAACUUAACAGAGAGUGAAACUUUAGUUUUGUGUGGGACAUUGUAAACAUAUUUUGAAUGUUUCAGGUACCCUUGCUGCUGAGGAUGGCAAGUACAUUAAGGAAAGAAUCCCUAAUACAGGCUUUUAAGAUGAAAGGAUUAGUAGGAUCUUAAAAAUAGAUGAGCCAGGCUUGUAGUAUUCACCUAAAAAAUUAAGCAGGCAUACUGAAAGUUUUUUUCACCCCUCUUCUAUUAUUCCUCCUUCUAUUAUUUCUCCCCGCUUCUAUUCCCCUCUUCGAUCCCCCUCUCUUCUAUUUUUUCCCUCCUUACUUCAAUCCAGAUCCUUGAACUCUAUAGCAAAGUUAGUAUAUUUAUUAGAUCGGUUUACUAAAACCUCAUUCUUUUUCAAGUUAGCAUGAUAAAUUGAACCCACAGAACCUGUCCCUUCAUACAGCUGAGAGAGCAGUAAUUUCUUACUCAUGUCUGGGAAUAUUUGUCACUCUUUUGUUUUAGGAAAUCACACAAAAGGUUAUUUGAGCCAUUGCAGGCAUAUAGGCACUCUAGAUAUGAAAAUCUACAUAUGAAAAUAUACAUGCAUAUAUAUAUAUAUAUUAUAUAAUUUUAUACACAUGCAUCAUCAUAGGCGUAUGUCUGUUAAGCAGCAUUGGAUGAUAUAGUGUCAGGAAACUUUACAUUUCUGCAUUUCUAGAUAAGGCUCUAAAUACAAGUGGUACCAGUUGUGCCUAAAUUUAAAGGUAGUGGGAAAUGGUAAGAGCAAGUUGCCACAAAAAUGAAUAGUUGAAAGUGAAAGGAGGAAGGUAGAUUGAGCAAGCAGCUCAUGAGAAAGUAUUUGUUGCCAAAAUGCAGCACAGAAAGAAGAAAACUAAAGGGAGACUGAAUCUUAGACACUCACUCUGUACAUUAAGUUUAAUGGUUAUAUCAACGGCUUCAUAUGACAGGAAAUGAUCUGGGCGUUUUGUUCACUUAUUCUGGAUGCCCUUAGUUUCACAGAGCAACGGGUAACAUGGAUUGCACCUCACAAGGAGGCAGCUGAACUCUCCCUCUGGCUUUAGUGAGGAAAGAGCAGCGAUGAAAUCCGUGGACUGUGUGCACGUCAUCCAGCAGAAGGAUACCGCCUCCUCUCCCUCUGCCCCCCCUGGUGCUGGUUUGGGCACCAGGGGACUUUUUUCUGUCACAUUCCUGUGGCUUGCAAUGCUCCUGUCCUCUUGUCUUGCAGCAGUGUCUCUUUACCAUGUUAUCACCCUGAAAACAGAAGUAGAAGCUCUCCGUAGCGAGCUGAUCUACAGGGCCCAGGCAAGCUCCCAGCUAAACCAGCCACUUGUGUCCCCUGAUGAAAACCGAGCAGGUGCCCCGGCUUCUUCUUUCCUGCAAGUGUCAGCAGCUGCUGCCAGGCAGGGAAACAGGGUACCCGGUCCUGUCACAGCUGAGAGUUUCCAGGAGGAAAUCUGGAAUGGGAGCAGAAACAGGGGGAGGAGGUCUGUCAUCCACACCGAAGACACAGUGCUGCAGGCCUGCUUGCAACUGAUCGCUGACAGCAAAAGUGACGUCCAACAGAAAGACGAUUCAAGCAUUGUCCCUUGGCUUCUUAGUUUUAAACGUGGAACAGCUCUGGAAGAACAAGGAAAUAAAAUAGUGAUCAAAGAAACAGGAUACUUUUUCAUAUAUGGACAGGUUUUAUAUACAGAUACAACAUUUGCUAUGGGACAUCUAAUACAGAGGAAAAAGGCCCACGUGUUUGGUGAUGAUCUCAGUUUGGUGACAUUGUUUCGUUGCAUCCAAAAUAUGCCACAGUCUUAUCCGAAUAAUUCUUGCUAUACUGCUGGCAUUGCAAAACUGGAAGAAGGGGAUGAGCUUCAACUUACAAUACCACGAAGAAGGGCCAAAAUAUCCUUGGAUGGAGAUGUGCAGAACAAAGGCAGAUGUUCUGGAUGUAGUAUACCUUGGAGGAAAACCCUUUUUUUCUUUUCCGAGAGCAACGAUUUCAGAAGCGUUCCCUUCCUACAAUAGAAUGAAACUGAACGUCAAGUUUCCUCACAAAAAAUGUGCACCAUGAGAACUCCCACACGGACGCAAAGUGCAAGAGGACAAACUGUCAGAUAUUUCUACUGACAAAGCCGGCAAUACUUUGGGGGGUGGGGGGAGGGUGCAGUUCAGCUUUCUGCUAGCUUCAUGAGAAAGUUUAUCUUCUCAAAAUCAGUCUAGUUCUGAACAAAGCUGAGUUUCAAUAGAUCAGCAUUUUCUGACCAAAGCAAGAAGCAAAGGAGAAUACCUCAUUCCUGAUGGUUCUGCUAAGAAACUGGUAAUGCAGGAGUUAGCAAAGUGCAUUCACGCUAGAGUCAGACCACAUCAGUUAGUGGGAGUUCCUAGACUUUCUGCAUUUGGUAACCAGUAUUUAAAUAUGUGAGAUAGGUAAUAAGUGGUAUCUAGUUGCUUCAUACCGUAUUUUGCAAUCUUAUCUAGGAGAUCUAAUAUUUAAGAUAACUUUCUGCAAAUGCUAGAUUCUGAGCAAUUACUGUGUGGUUCUUUUUCAAGAGGUGUUAAGCAGCAUCAUGGUAAA